CGAGGAAGUGAGGGAUCAGGUCACCCUAAGUAGACGUGUUUCUUCAAGCAAGACGGCCAGUGUGUGUGAGUGUGUGACUACUGAGCACCGCCUCCUGUUUCUCUUUUGAAGACUGCGGCUCUUGGAUACCAUCCAUCCACCUGAAAUGCCUGCUACUCAGUGAAGCGGAGUAAGAAUUCUUGUUCGUCCUGUCAGCUGUUAUGAUCUUGUGCAAUGCCAGGCAAAAAUAUUACAGUUCUAGCACUGAAGAAUCCAUUGUAUAAGCACACCCCUUUAGACUAUCAUAUCAGUGGCUGGGAAAGCUGUUAGAUCUGAUACACAAGUACUCCUGCAUCUUUCAGUGGUAUUUGAUUUUUGGAAAGCGGAGCACAUAAAAUUCCAACCAGCUCAUGCUGGAUUUCACUUGGUUGCAAGAGUUUAAGAAUUGAGAGUCACUUUCUUCAGUGGAGAGUAAGAGUUUGCACUUGGCUGCACACACAGCACAGAUCCCUUUACUUCUGAGCUCCAUACGAGAAGGCAACAUGGCUAUGCAACUUGCUGGUCUAGUCUUGGGAGGCAUUGGCUUGGUAGGAACUUGCGCUGUCACCGGCAUGCCACAAUGGAGAGUCACUGCCUUCAUCGAUAACAACAUUGUGGUCUUUGAGGCACAGUGGGAAGGACUGUGGAUGAACUGCGUCAGGCAAGCCAACAUCAGGAUGCAAUGCAAGAUAUAUGAUUCACUGUUGGCACUGACACCUGACUUGCAGGCUGGCAGAGCAUUGAUGUGUGUGGGUGUCGUAUUGUCAUUUCUGGCUUUCAUGAUCGCCAUCAUAGGCAUGAAAUGCACUGUGUGUGUUGAAGAUAAUAUGAAGACAAAAGGGAUUAUACUUCUAGUUGCUGGCAUAACUUUCAUCCUUUCUGGGAUUAUUGUUCUGAUUCCUGUAUCCUGGACUGGUAAUCAGAUCAUCAGGGACUUCUACAACCCCCUUGUUCUUCCAUCCCAGAAGAGAGAACUGGGUGAUGCUCUGUACAUAGGGUGGACAACAGCACUGGUUCUUAUUGUUGGAGGGAUAAUUCUUUGCCUUUCAUUCCGGAAUGGUGAAAAGGAAGUCAGAUACUCCCUGCCACCCAAAACAGUAUCCAGUGCUCCACAACGGAAGCCAUCGAGCCUCUACUCCAAAAGCCAAUACGUGUAGAACAGAGUCAAGUGCCAACCAGCCAAGGGAUCCAAAGUAGAACUGACAUGGUUCUGACUACUGAAGCCCUUUGAACUGCAGAAUGGGAAAGUAAGAAAGGAAACUUAUCAAGACUUCGAACAUUGGUACAGUACCUAUAGAAUGGAUUUGUUGUGUUUUAUCAAAGGACUCA